UCCGCUGCUGUACCUGCCUGCUAGCUGGAGUGUGUCUGUGUGUGUAGUCCACUGCUGUACCUGCCUGCUAGCUAGAGUGUGUCUGUGUGUGUAGUCCACUGCUGUACCUGCCUGCUAGCUAGAGUGUGUCUGUGUGUGUAGUCCACUGCUGUACCUGCCUGCUAGCUGGAGUGUGUCUGUGUGUGUAGUCCACUGCUGUACCUGCCUGCUAGCUAGAGUGUGUCUGUGUGUGUAGUCCACUGCUGUUACUGCCUGCUAGUUAGAGUGUGUCUGUGUGUGUAGUCCACUGCUGUACCUGCCUGCUAGCUAGAGUGUGUCUGUGUGUGUAGUCCACUGCUGUACCUGCCUGCUAGCUAGAGUGUGUCUGUGUGUUUCAUACACAUGUUGGACUAUGCCCUUGGACUUUACCUUUGGACUACCUGAGGAAGUUUACCUGGCUUUCACCUGUUGUCGACGCUCACCAGGUUUUUCACAGGUACUCUGACCUGCUGGAGUUAACCUGUCUCUGGGUGUUGACCUGUGUAUAUCUGACUGACUGGGAGUUACUACCUCUGUUGGAAUUCACCUGUUAGAGGGAGCUCAGCUGUGUAUCAACACGUGCCUCUCUGCUACUGGAGUUUACCUGUGUGAAGGUGUUUACCUGUGUGAAGGUGUUUACCUGUGUGAAGGAGUUUACCUGUGUGAAGGUGUUUACCUGUGUGAAUGUGUUUACCUGUGUGAAGGAGUUUACCUGUGUGAAGGUGUUUACCUGUGUGUCUGGAACACCUGUUGGAAUUCUGACCAACUAAUUCUCCCUCUUGCUUUCUCUCUCUUGCUGGGGUUCACUUACCUCAGAGUAGAGCCCUGCAUCCUCCAGCUGUGUGUGUGUGUGUGUGUGUGUGCGUGUGCGUGUGCGUGUGCGUGUGUGUGUGUGUCAGGAUGAUGGAAGAAGUGUCUAUCAGGGUGGCAUAUGACGCCCACAUCAUAGACCAGAUGACCGAGGAGGAGAUACUGGCCUGCCUGAUGGCCGAGUCUAUACCCAUACACACGGUUCCCAGUAAGAAGGCCACGCUGAGAGAGAACCAGCCGCAACAACAGGAUGACCACAUAGACAGAUACCAGAGGGAGAACCGUCAGCUGCAGCAGGCCAGUCUGCGUCUGGAGCAGGAGAAUGAUGUUCUGGCCCACAGACUGAUCACCAGCAAGAUCUCCCUGAGGACUGACCUGGACCAGGCGGAGGACAGAGUGGAUGAGCUGACCAAAGAGCUGCUGAAGACCAGAAAGAGAUUAAAGAACGCAAAGGAAGAGAAGAGAGGGAAGGAGGAGGAGGCUGCUCAGUUGAAAGAGGUGUUAAGGACAAAGUUGGACAAGGCUGAAUCAGAGGUGAAAAGGAGCUCAGGCAUCAUCUCAGACUACAAACAGAUCUGUUCCCAGCUAACCAGUCGGGUGGAGAGGCUGCAGGCAGCACACAGAGAGGACCUGGACAAACUCAGGAAUGCUGUGCUGGCAUGUUCUCGCUGCCGGCAGGCUCUAGAUUCUACUGUAAUGGAAGGCUUCGGUUUCACAGCCCCGUACCAGAGAAGUAUCAUCACCAGAGAACCAGGCCAGCAGAGAGACCAGGAAACAGAACCAGACCAGCAGACGACUGGUACCAGGGAACAAGACCAGGAGAAGGUGUGUCUGAGUGGCCAGGUCACAGAGCUGGAGAAGGAGCUGGCCCAGACUAAACUACAGAUGGUGGAGGCCAAGUGCAAGAUCCAGGAGCUGGAACACCAGCAGGGGGUGCUGCAACGUGAUCUCCAGGCAGCUAGGAACAGCUGGCUCAGUAAGACUGUGAGCUCCGUACGGUCAGCCGGAGGGGGCCUGCAGAGCAGCAGCCUACCCAGGGGGAGAGCCUCGGCAAUGGGGCGUUCUCUCCAUGGCCUCCCCUUCUCAGCCUGGAGCUCCAGGAGACUGUCGUGGGCCCCCAGGAAGGACCCGGGGGGAGACGUCUGACAGAGAGUUGGAAGGGAGGGGGAGAGACAGCAAGAGGACAUAUUGAGAGUAUAGAUAAUAUGUAUUGGAAUGAUUAUGCAUGUCUAUUGGUGACUGUUUGUUUCUGCAUUCUAGUCCCUAUUUUGGUUUUAUCUUUUAUUGUCAUGUUUGAUUUUCUAUCUUUUCUUAUUGAUACAGGAAUCGUAUGUAUGUUUUAUGUAUUGCUUAGGCUGCAUUGUGUUGUCCCUUUCAUAAAGAGUGUGAAUAACUGAAUCCAAUGAUCAAACCUUACUUCCCAAUGCUAACACUCCUUUCUGCAUGCAUACACACUCACACACUCACACACAAACACACACACACACACACACACACACAUACACACACAAACUCUUAAAACAAAACUCCAAACUGGUAAUACUUGUAUGGAACCCAGUCCUUCAUUAAAAACCUUUCAUUGUG